AUGGCGAAGAGGAUCCGUUCUGUCUUGGUGGUACUGGUGAUAAUCGCUGUCCUUCAGCUGCUUCUAUCACAUCUGGGCCCGACCGCGCCUCAGUCCCAAUGGAGAGACCUAUCUUCCUUUCAACUCCAGCCGCAUCCCAGACGGAUCACCGAACAAGCUUCAGCAGGUCAAGAACUCAGAGAGCUCGAGGAAUUGACCGCCAAACAAGACGAGGUUCCGGGAUUGGUCACUCAACAAAAUGGGCUCAAAACUCCCUCAUUCGGGGUAGAGGAUAAAGACGAUGACGAUGAGGAGGAAGAGGAGACUGAGGUCCAGGUCGAAGUUGAAGACGACAAUGAUGACAGCAACUCUAGCACCUACAACAAGCCGCAUUCCGAAGUCAAAAUUGCCAAAGUCACCAUGCUGUACGGCGAGCCGAACGACGCAUACGAAAGGGCUCUAGAAUCCCACGCCCUCCAUGCCAACAUGCACGGCUAUCAAUUGCACGUCCUGCGUCAGAAGAUGCUGGGACGUCUCUGGACCAAGCCCGCCUUCAUCUUGAGCGUGGUGCUGAACGAGUUGGCGAAACCCCCCGAGGCCAGGAUCGAAUGGAUAUUCUGGUUCGACGCCGACACGUUUCUCCUAAAUCCCAAAAUCCCCUUGGAAAUCUAUCUGCCGCCGGCGGAUGUGCGUGGGGUCAACUUCCUCUGCGGCAACGACCACAAUGGUCUCAAUGACGGCGCCUUCCUCCUCAGAGUCAAUGACUACUCAGUCCACUUGCUGGCGUCGUCGCUCAGCGUCGAGACUUUCCGACCGAAUGUCGACCUGCGCUACUCGGAGCAAUCGGCCAUUGAACAUGUUGUGCACGAGGGCGGAGUCUAUCGCCCCUGGGACGGCACGACAUAUCUCGACGGCUACGCCGAGAUCCCCCAGCGAUGGCUGAAUGCGUACAUGGGUGCCCGGAACGACCGUGGACGGCCGAUCGCAAGAAGGAAGCAGCACCUCAACGGCGUGAAACCUGGUGAUCUGUUGCUACAUUUCGCGGGGUCGGGAAGCACAAAGGUGGACAGGAUCAAAUCUUUCGUAGAAGCGUACGAGCAAAACCCGUCCGAAUGGGUCAAGGAGGUCGACCAGAUGCCCGAGCUGCUGGCUGAGAUAUCAAAGUUUUGGGAUAAUUACAGGAAACAAAAGAGCCAGCAAAAUGGGAAUUUCGAGGUGGAAAACCUCACGUGGAAUUGA